UUAUAUAUAAAAUAAUUAAAAAGAGAGAUAAAGCUAUUGUCUUUGUUUUGUCAUGAGUAUUACAGCGCAAAUGUUCCUUUUUAUAUAUGUGAUAAAUAAUGCAAAUAAUAUUAGGUAUCUUUAUUUGCACAAGUGUGACACAAAUUAUAAAUACUCUCUGAAAAUCAAAUAUCGAUCAGUUGCGAUCAUCAAUUGCGACCUGUGCAACAGCUACUCAAGAAAAAUGAAGUGCGUUAUUUUCACUAUUCUCAUCAUGAUCGCUACGGCACUCGCAGCUCCUCAAGGAGAUAAAGAAGCUACGUGCAGUCCUAUAGGAGGACGUUGUCAACAAUAUAACGAUUGCUGUCGUUAUCUGGAAUGUUUGGUCUAUGCUGCAUCGUGUGUAGCAAAAUCAGGUGUGAUUGUGCCUGGACAAGAUAACAGACCUCUUGGUCCGGGGCCAUACCCACCAAACGUACCACUUGCCUGAUACUCUUUUACACCUGACUAUAAUGCCAUUUUUUCUUUAAAUAAAGACUCUGUUCUUAAAAAGACAAAGUCAUUAUAUAUUAUAUGUAAGAUUUUUAAUAAAAGAUACAUUUAAAAAUUUUAUACCAAUAUAUAUCAUACACCAAUAUAUAUUUUUAAAUAAAUAAAUAAUUAAUGGACAAAUGUAAACUACGUAAUCUUCAAAUAAUAUUUGAAAUAGAUUGAAUGAAAUAAAAUGUUUGUGAAAUUACUAUAUGCGUAUUGAAAUUGUACUUACACACAAUCAUUAAUUCUUCGGUAAUGAUUAAAACGAAUUAGACGACCGCGCCCAUUAUUAUUU